AUGGAUGUCUACCGAGAAGUAUGCCACACGGAGAAAAUCCCACCACCUCGCCCCAUCAAAAGUAAAAAAAGAGGGGGAAAUCGGACAGAGUACUGUGAAUACCAUCGAAUCUAUGGGCAUCCCACCAACGAGUGCUUCGACUUAAAGAAUGUCAUAGAAAAAUUGGUAAGAGAAGGGCGACUAGAUCGAUACUUAGCUAGCAAAACGGAUGAACCUAGAAAAAGAAGAAGAGACGAAGAGGUUGGACGAGCUGAACGACCACCUCGCACCCCGGAGAGACACGUCCACAUGAUAAAUGGAAGAUUCGCAGGAGGAGGAAUCUCAAAAUCAUCUCGCAAAUGGCACCUUAAAGAAAUAUAUCAUGUUGAGGGAGGAGAAGGAUCGCCCGACCUCCCUACUAUCACCUUUACCCAAGAGGACGCAACAGGCGUCAUCUCGGGACAUGAUGAUUCCAUGGUCAUUACGAUCGAAAAAGAGCUCAGAUCAUAUCCGAACAGCUUGUUCGGACUAGGAGACACUCCAAUCCAACCGCUCAGAUAUAUCUCACUACACACAACCUUUGAAAAGGGAACCCGAUCACGGACGCUCAACAUAGACUACAUCGUAGUCGACGUGAACUCAGCCUACAACACCUUGAUAGGUCAGACAACACUUAAUCAACUUGCUGCAGCAGUUUGA